AUGCGACGCAGGUAUAUAAGGAGUGCAGACGAGGCUGAGAGAAAGCAUCGUCCCAUUCCCGAACGACACGAGUUGACCUCUCAACUAAAGCCUCAUCCUCCACUUCGUCUGUUUCAUAUCCAUCCUCGUCUCUUCACAAUGCAGUUCCGCGCCUUCGUCAUGCUCUCUGCCUUCUUCAUGGUUGCGCACUCCCGAGUCAUCGCUCGUGGAUACGACAACGCCGCCUACCUGUCCAAGCGCGUCCCCCACCAGUACGGCAUCGAGGACUCUGAGGAGCUCUCCAAGCGUGUCCCCCACCAGUACGGCAUCGAGGACUCUGAGGAGCUCUCCAAGCGUGUCCCCCACCAGUACGGCAUCGAGGACUCUGAGGAGCUCUCCAAGCGUGUCCCCCACCAGUACGGCAUCGAGGACUCCGAGGAGCUCUCCAAGCGUGUCCCCCACCAGUACGGCAUCGAGGACUCUGAGGAGCUCUCCAAGCGUGUCCCCCACCAGUACGGCAUCGAGGACUCCGAGGAGCUCUCCAAGCGUGUCCCCCACCAGUACGGCAUUGAAGACUCUGAGGAGCUCUCCAAGCGCGUCCCCCACCAGUACGGCAUCGAGGACUCUGAGGAGCUCUCCAAGCGCGUCCCCCACCAGUACGGCAUCGAGGACUCUGAGGAGCUCUCCAAGCGCGUCCCCCACCAGUACGGCAUUGAAGACUCUGAGGAGCUCUCCAAGCGUGUCCCCCACCAGUACGGCAUUGAAGACUCUGAGGAGCUCUCCAAGCGCGUCCCCCACCAGUACGGCAUUGAAGACUCUGAGGAGCUCUCCAAGCGCGUCCCCCACCAGUACGGCAUUGAAGACUCUGAGGAGCUCUCCAAGCGUGUCCCCCACCAGUACGGCAUUGAAGACUCUGAGGAGCUCUCCAAGCGCGUCCCCCACCAGUACGGCAUUGAAGACUCCGAGGAGCUCUCCAAGCGCGUCCCCCACCAGUACGGCAUUGAAGACUCCGAGGAGCUCUCCAAGCGCGUCCCCCACCAGUACGGCAUCGAGGACUCUGAGGAGCUUGCUUAAGAGUUUCUACGAGUUGUGUGCGUCACGGCAGUCGCAGCCGCAGACAAACUUCAUCGCGCUGCGGUUGACUCUAUGCAUUCCAUGAUCACGUCUCUGUUUUACGAUAUCUCUUUUCCAAUCUAAAUCUCUCUUAUGAAUCUCUC